CUUUCCAUAAAUCAGCUGCUAUAUUUGCAAGGCUUAAGGCUUUUUCCCACAUAAAAAUCUGGAUUUUAAUUAACCCAGUUUUCCCUUCUUCUUUUUUUCCCUGUGAUGAAGAUGGGUUUUAGGAGCUACCAUGUUGAUGAAUUUCAAGCCCUUAAUUUCAUUGAAUGGCUCAAACCAUCUUCCUCACCUACUCCUUCUUCAUCACUAUCACUCUCGCUAUCAUCUUCAUCGUCUUCAUCGUCUUCGUCGUCUUCGAAUGAUCAGCAAGUUCAGAUUAUAAACCCCAUGGCUAUCUUGAAACUGCCUGUUUCAUUUCAACAGCAGCAACAACAACAAGAUGGUGGGCAGCUUGGUCAGGAACCUAUUCAAUGCCUACCACUUUUAAGCAGGCUUACAGAGAACAAAUCAUUGAAAGGGGAUGAUGUUGGGAAUAUUGUUAAAGAAGAAAAUAUAGAGAAAGUUACAGUUUCUUUGCACAUUGGGUUGCCUAACAGUAGUACUGGAGAUGAUGGAGAUAAUAAUAAUAAUUAUUCAGUUGCUGAAAAUAAGGUUUUUAAGGAAGAAGAAGAACCCAUGAAGAAAAGUUGUUUCCAUGGAUGUUCUUUCAACACAGAGAGUAGGUUUUGGAUCCCAACACCAGCACAGAUCCUCGUUGGUCCCAUGCAGUUUGCUUGUUCCAUCUGUAGCAAGACAUUCAAUAGGUACAAUAACAUGCAGAUGCAUAUGUGGGGGCAUGGAUCUGAAUACAGGAAAGGGCCAGAUUCACUGAAAGGAACACAGCCAACAGCAAUGCUGAGGCUGCCAUGCUACUGCUGUGCUCAUGGCUGCAAAAACAACAUCAACCACCCACGAGCCAAGCCAUUGAAAGACUUUCGAACACUUCAAACUCACUACAAAAGGAAACAUGGUGCCAAGCCCUUCAUGUGUAGGAAAUGUGGGAAGCCAUUUGCUGUCAAAGGGGAUUGGAGAACCCACGAGAAGAACUGUGGCAAGCUAUGGUAUUGCACUUGUGGCUCUGAUUUUAAACACAAAAGAUCCUUGAAAGAUCACAUUAGGUCCUUCGGAAACGGCCAUUCUCCUCAUCCUUCUCUUGAAGGAUUUGAAGACCUUGACAAGGAUUGCAUUACUGGCUCCGAAGAUGAACUCACUCACUAGCAUGUUCAAUUCCCAACUACCCUUUCUUCAACCUUUAAAUCUUAUUUAAUUUCCGGUCUAUUGAAUCACUGGUAGAGUAUCAAAGGAGUUGCGUUUAAGUCUUCAAUUAACACCAACACCGGAUCACUAGUUAAACCUAAAACCGAUGUCGACUGAAGACUUAAACACAAAUCCUUCAUCAUUUUACCAGUAAUUCAAUAGACAUUUAAUUUCCGUGUUUUAAAUUAGCUAUAGCUUUAAAAGUUUCUUAGGCUUAAUCCAAAUAAGCUUGUGAUCAGGGCUGAGCCUCAGAAACUUUUUUAGAUGCUUUGUAAUAGGGAAUAAAAAAGAAAAGAACAGGUUACCUCAUGGGGUGAAGUAGAUGAAUUUUCUUCGACUGGAUGAUUAAGAUCUGAAGAAAAUUUGGGUUAUUUUCGUAACGGAGAAAAUUUAUCAGCUUCAUUGCUAUUUGGUAAUCUUUUUAAUAGGAUCGGGAUUUGUACUGUUUUCUGGACAAAUGAAAAGUUAUCUGUUCGGUCUUUAAUUAA